CACUGGUGUGAUCACAUCACACAGGACUCUGCACACCCUGACCACACAUCACAAUUGCUUUCAGGACUGCAAACACAGCUCCCACUUCAACACUGCUGUCAGCAACAACCAAGAGGUGACCAUCACAACAAGAACGAAUUCCAGGAAAUAAUUUCUCUGUGGAAACAAGAGGAAAUCUUGUAAAAAAUAUGUGUUAUUUACCAACUAACUUUUCCUUUGUACAAAAUCUCCUCAGCUUAGAACAGCUACAGAAGCUCAAGAACUGAAGAAAGAACUGAAUCUUCUGACAUUGAAACUGCAGCCUAACAGAAAACAGAAGCAGAAGCUAGCAGUGCAUCAUCUGGAAUCUGCAGCUGCCACUGACUAAGAAAGCAGCUCAGAGGCAGAGGAUGGUGUAAGGCUCAGGCUGGGAUGCUCAGCUGCUCCUCCUGCCUCUGCCUGCUCCGAGGGAUUCCCCAGGAACACUCCUGCCCAUGGUGAAGAGCUGGAGGGGCUGCUGAGAGCAGCCUGUGCCCAGGGCACAGCCACACCCCUGCGGGUCCCCUGCCCCAGGGGGACGUGUCCCUGCUCUGCUCCUUCCAUUGCACGGACCUGCCACAUGAACCUGCUCCAUUCUCCAAAGCAAAAGCCAAUUUUUUCUACCUUCUAGGAAGAAAUAAAGCUUUGUCAGGGAUUUGGGCAUCAAUUGAGAGCACACCACCUCCUCUGAGUGCCCAUUUCACACAGGCAGAGCCCAGAUACAGUCACAUAAACAACUGCAUCAGCACACACCCGAGAGCUGCCCUGGCCCAGCUGGGGCCCCACCAGCUGAGAGCAUUUGUUCACAACACAACAAUUCAAAGCUGACUGAAAAGGCUGAAGCCUCAUAACAUAUAAAACUCUCAUUUUGUUCUUUUUUUCUUUUCUGUUUUUUUCUCCAGUGAGAGGGAAUACUACAAUGCAAAUGAAAGCCACAGCCCAAUUCAGCUCCUCCAGGAAUGACAGCAACUGCACCAGCGACAGCAGGAUCAGCCAAGUCAUCUUCCCUUUACUCUACACAUUCCUGUUCCUGGUGGGGAUCACUAUGAAUGGCCUGGCAAUGUGGGUCUUCUUUAAAAUAUCCAGUAAAUCAAAUUUCAUCAUCUUCCUCAAGAACAUUGUCAUUUCUGACUUCCUCAUGAUCUUGACUUUUCCAUUUAAAAUCCUCAGUGAUGCAAAGCUGGUAUCCUGGGUGCUGCGAGGGUUCGUGUGCCAGGUCACCCAGGUUGUGUUUUACUUCACCAUGUACAUCAGCAUCCUGUUUCUUGGACUGAUAACUAUUGAUCGCUAUCAGAAAGCCACUUCCCCGUUCAGAACAUCAACUCCACGGAGCCUUUUAGCUGCCAAGAUCCUGUCCACAGCAAUCUGGGGAUCAAUGUUUGCUCUCUCCUUACCCAACAUGAUUUUAAAUAAUAAGAAGAAAACACCCAAGAGUGUAAGGAAGUGUGCUCUCCUGAAAUCCGAGUUUGGCUUAGUCUGGCAUGAAAUUGUAAACUACAUUUGUCAGCUCAUCUUCUGGGUUAACUUAGCAGUCAUAGUGGUAUCUUACAUCCUCAUCAGCAAGGAACUGUACAAAUCCUACAAAAGGACACAAUGCACAGGGAAGGCAUCCAAGAAGGCUGUCAAUCUCAAGGUUUUCAUAAUAAUUGCUGUGUUCUUUAUUUGUUUUGUGCCAUUCCACUUUACCAGAAUCCCCUACACCCUGAGCCAAACGAGAGAUGUGUUUGACUGCUCUGCUCAGAGCACCCUGUUCUACCUGAAGGAGACCACGCUGUGGCUGACAUCCCUCAAUGCCUGCCUGGAUCCAUUCAUAUACUUUUUCCUUUGCAAGUCAUUUAGGAAAUCCUUGCUAGACAUGCUGUGCAAGCACAGGGCAGUGUCAGGGCUCAGGGCACAGACAAAGGGGCAGAACGAGGGGGAUGACACUGACGAGACGCCGCUCUAGAUCUCAGGACUCCACACG